UAAAAAAUAAAAUUAACAUAUGACGUGAACAUUUUCUUUAAUAAAUUCCCAAAAUGACUCAUAAAACAACUAACUAGCAUCAUGAGCCGGCCAUACUUACCGAUACAUAGUUCAGUGAGAGGCCAGUGACCAGUCUCUGCCCAGUUUUCGAACGGUAAACUAAAGAAAUGGCUUCGAACACGAGUAAUGCGACACCGGCUGCAGAAGGCUUUUUUGAGAGAGUCUUGCUCUUGCCUGUGCUUAGCGACGCCAUCACCAUCGUUUCUCAUGCCUACAAAAUUACCCAAGACCGAUACCAGUAUGUGGGAACUGCUUUGCGAGUAGCAGAGGCAGGCAUCCGGGUGGCCACCGAGGGAGCUCUCCCUCUGGCUAUGCCCCUUCUGCACCCCCUCGUGGACCGCGUCGGAGGAUGGAGUACCCUGGAUGAGUGGGCAUGUCGCGGUCUGGAUCGCGUUGAGGAGGCAGCGCCCAUCAUAACCAAGCCAACGGAUGAGAUCGUGAGUUCAGCGCGCCGUCGGGUGCUCAGCGCCGUGGCGGGGAAGGACGCUCUACCCCCCUCCCUCUCCGCCGCCGUCACGUCGCGGGCCAACGACACCGUUGACGUCAUCGCUGCGAGUCGGGGCGGGCGAGUCGUCGCGGGCGCUGCGGAGCGGGUGCUCAACACUGCCCACACGCUGGUCGACGCCUACUUACCACCCCGCGAGGGCGACCUUCACGACACAGAUGGGCGCGACGCAACGGUGGGCGUAAAGGUGAUAGCGCUGGCAAGCAAGACGAGGCGGCGUCUGGCCCGCGCGCUUCAUUCGCUCGCGCAUCCGCACCACGCCCACGCCCACACCAACGCCGACGCCUGUGACGCCACGGAUGCAUCGGGCAGCUUCCUGAUUGCCUUCAGUCGGGAGUGUGUAUCUGGCUGGCACUCUGAAGUGACGCGGCAGCCGGAGCCCCACGAGGCGGUGCCUGUAGUUUUGAGAAUCGCACGAACUUCCUACAGGUACCUAAGGAACGUUACGGAGAAUCUUGGAUCACUCGUUGUUGCUGUUCGCAAUUCCCUGGCUCGGAACGCAGUGAGUGAAGCCUUGAGCGGCGCGGCGGCCAACGGAUGUUAUGUCGUCUCCGAGAUGCAAGCCUGGGGAGAGUACUUUGUUGUUGUCAUGUCGAUGACGCCAAGUCUGAUCGAAGAGGCUUCGCUUCGCUCCAGGAUGUGGGCUGAAGGGUGUCUGGAAUCUGUAAUGAAAAUGAAGUAUACAAACCCACAUCUGUGUUGGCAGUGAGCUGACUGACGCCAUCAGUGAAGACAGAGGAACUCCCUGAAUGUUUUUCACGGCUGGAAUUACUCGUAAUCGAUGUUAGUGUUUGUGGUUUGGACGUUUGUAAUAAGGGGUAAUAAAAUUUCUUGAAAGC